AUGUCCAGACCAGAAACAUCAAGACCAGAAUGUCCAGACCAGACACAAGAAGACCAGAAUGUAAAGACCCAAGCCAACAUGUCCAGACCAGAAUCAACAACACCGGAAUAUAACAACCCCAGUGUUUCUGGCAAGAAACGAAUCUUCAUCGAGGCCGGGAUUCACGCCAGAGAGUGGGUGACCCCAGCAUCAACGAUGUAUUUUGUGGACAAGUGUAAGUACAUCGUCACUGUCACCAACCCUGAUGGCUAUGCCUACACACACACCAGUGAUCGGCUGUGGAGGAAGAACAGGAACACCUGCAGUUCCAUCUUCGGCCGCGGUGUCGACCUCAACAGAAACUGGGACGCAAAUUUUGGAGGUAGCGGAUCUUCCUCCAGCUGUUUCUCCGACACCUACCACGGCAGCAGCGUCUUCUCCGAGGCGGAGACGAGGAACAUCCGAGACUGGGUGGCCAGUAUCCAGAGCAACGAAGGCCCAAUCUCCGCCUACCUAUCGGUCCACUCUUACUCCCAAUAUCUCCUGGUACCAUACGGGUAUGCCGAGAACACCGAGCCGGCUAAUACGGCUGAGAUAAGGCGGAUCACGAACUUGGCCAAGGACGCAAUCAAGAGCCUUCCUUACAGUAAGGAUUACAUCGUGGGAACAGCGCCAGAUAUCCUCUACGUGGCCUCCGGAACGUCCUCAGAUUGGGCCCGCCUAAAUGCCAACAUCCCGUACGCCAUGACCUACGAGAUGAGACCCGACUCCAAUGACAACGCCGGGUUCCAGCUCCCGGAAAGUGAGAUCAUCCCGACGGGCGAGGAUCUCUGGGUGUCAUUGCAUGCCAUUGCGUCCGAACUGUAA